UUGUCGAGUUACCCGAAAAUAGCGAAAGUGAAGGAUCAAACAAAAUUUAUGACAAUCUCUUAUCUAAGUAUUACUUUGAAAAUCAAAUGAUUAAUGAAGAAGAGAAUAAAAAUUUCAAUAUAGGAGAAAUAAACAAAGAGCAAAAACGUCUUUUAGAAAAAUUACUAAAAAAAUAUAAAGAUGUUUUUGUAUGGGAUUCGACACAGUUGGGGAAGAUGAUG